UACAAAAUGCCUGCUUCCACAUGACGAAUUUAUUCUGCGACAUCUCCCUGAACGAGCUAAAGGGAGCUAAUAAGCCACUGUUAUUUGCUAUUUUUUGUGCAUGCACAGCGUCAACCUGGACUAUUUCUUCAUCUAAAAUUGGUCUCACCCUCAGGAUGAUUGACACUGAGAGGGGAGCCUGUGAUGCUGGUACAGCAGAACCCAGCAGUAAGAACAAGGAGAUGGAGAAAAAGAAGAGGUCCCGUGUCAAACAGCUUCUAGGUGAUGUGAAGAAGCAAGUGGAGUUCUGGUUUGGAGAUGUCAACCUUCACAAGGACCGCUUUCUGAGAAAACUCAUUGAUGAGUCAGAUGAUGGAUAUGUCGAUAUAUCUAUAUUGGCGGACUUCAAUCGAAUGAAGAAGCUGACAACUGACACCAAGCUGAUUGCGAGAGCGCUGAAAAAUUCAUCUGUAGUUGAGGUUAACCUAGAGGGAAAUAAAGUAAGGCGUCAACUUCCAAUUGGAGACGUACCUAAAAAUGUUGAUGACCGCACAGUCUAUGUGGAACUUUUGCCCAAGGAUGUGACACACAGCUGGAUAGACAGAGUAUUCUCCAAAUGUGGGAAUGUGGUUUAUGUUAGCAUUCCCAGAUACAAGUCCUCGGGCGACUCCAAAGGUUUUGCCUUUGUAGAAUUUGAGAAAGAGGAAGAAGCACAUAAUGCCAUAGAGAUGCUGAACAAUCCCCCUGAAGAUGCUCCCAGGAAGCCAGGGAUUUUCCCCAAGACGAAAAGCAGGAAGCCCAUUACUCUGCCAGGAGACAAUCCACAGUCAGGUGAAGAAGAAGAGAAGAAGAAGCGAAAGAAGAAGAAGAAGAAAGAAAAUGCCACAGCACAGGCUCCCGCUGACGAAGCGAAAGAGCAGGCAAUGGAAGCAGAGCCGUCAGAGCAGAAGAGCAAGUGCUCAGCAGUGGUGGUGGAGUUUGAACUGGAAGACAGUCUCACUCAGAAGGCAGUGGGCACAUUGUCUGAGAAAAAGAGGCGACGGUCACACACAGCAGAGGGAUCUGAAACUGAAGUACCAUCCAAGAUGAGGAAGAUGAGUGAAAGCGAAAGUAGAGAGAAGGAGAAAGAUUUCACAAAGACACACCCACACUCUCAGAGUGAUACAGAGAGAGGCGUUGAGGAGGGGAAAGAAAACCGAGAUGAUUCAACAGUAAAAGCAAAGAGGAAGAGAAAAAAGAAACACAAGGAGAAACUAAAAAUCGGGGAGGAGGUCAUCCCACUGCGGGUUCUAUCAAAGAAGGAUUGGCUUGCGUUGAAGGACGAGUAUCUGACCUUGCAGAAGCGCAGCAUGACGUCCCUGAAGAAGUGUAUUAUUAAGAUUGACGGCAAAGAGCACAAGAGCCUAAUGGAGACAAACAGUGAUCCUCAAGAUGGAAACAUUGAAAAGAGUAAAAAAGGUGAGAAAGAGACAAAGCAGGGCCCUCAGUUUACAAGUGGUGUCAUCAUGAAGAUUACAGACAACAAGCCGCUGCCAGGGAGGAAGAUUAUCAAAGAGGCUCUGUGCAAAAUAUCAGCAGUGGCGUAUAUCGAUAUCUUGGAAGGAGAUUCCGAGGGUCACAUCCGUUUUCACACGCCGGAUGACGCUAAGCUCGUCAGUGACGCUCAAGCAGAGCUACAGAAAGAGCACAGCUGGAAGCUUGAGAUUCUCUCAGGUGACCAUGAGCAGAGGUACUGGCAGAAGAUCCUAGUGGACCGCCAGGUCAAGCUGAAUCGACCGAGAGAAAAGAAGCGGGGCACAGAGAAGCUCAUAUCCAAAGCCGAAAAAAUCAUCAUGGCCCGGGCCAGGGAGACGAAUAAGCACAUCCGUUUCCAAGAAGACUAAAACUAGUAUUUGACAACAGUGUGAUUAACUGUUUAGCCUUUAAAGGGGGCAGUUGAUGGUCAUGCUCAGCUGGAGGAAAACUGAAUGGAAUCUAGAACAAGUGUCAAAAAUGUCCCUUUGUUUAAUAUUGUUAUUGUUUUAUUUUUUUUUGCACUGGAUGCCCCAAGAUAAUAUGGAUUGCUGCUAUGCAUAUAGACAUUUUGAUUUUUUUUUAUUUUUUUUCUGAAUUGAUACUUUUUUGUUGUUGUUGUUUUAAAGAUUCUCUGCAAAAUGUAAAUGUGGUGAUGAAAGUUCUCCCAGUCAAAAUAUGGACAAGUUGUGGCACUAUCAUUUGAAGAUAUUUGCCUUUUUUUGUUUUUUUUAAUAAAAUAUCAUUAUUUGAUGAUUACAGAAAA